GACACAUUCCAUUACAAUUACGAGCUCUGGAGUAACAAGCAUGAAUUCAGCAGUGACACGGGCUUGACGGAACUUGAUGAUCAAGAGACAAAGUUACCGACUUACUGGAAAACAAAAUUUUCCAAGAUCUGCUUUGGUAUGGAAAUCGGACACCAAAUCAACUUUAUCGAAAUCAGGAAGGUAGCUGACUAUCUAUAUUCUUUGAUCUCAAAUGGGAAAUAUCAGCAAACCUCACUCGGCCGAGUUAGAUGGAAGAUGCUGAUUGGUGUCAUGGCUUCCCUGCAAGAUAACUGUAACAACGAAGGGUUUAACGUUUCCCCGAAGGCAGGAAUCGGAAAAGAAACAGUUCAUCGAAAUGAAGAUUACAAGCACAAACUGCUGAGUUAGAAUAACAUGGAAAUCUGAAAGGAAACAGACAUCUCCUGAAAAAGGAAACUGGCGAAUCUUACGCGGCAACCGAUGAUUCUCAGUGCGAGCAAACACGCCGAUUACCAGGGGUAACUGACACUUUCAGGUUGCUAGCGAUUAUUGCUUGUUUCAUUUCUAUCGUUUCCUUUUUGUUGGUGAGUGGUUGUCUCCACCAAGGAUGCGGCUGAGUGGUGGUCAGUUUCCAAACUUAUUACGUUGAUUUUUUUGUUAUCCGCUGAGGUCACGGUUUCAAAUAUGUUGAAGUUCUUGACUUGUUUGGUUGUCUUUGCCAUGCAUCGGAAAAUUCAUGUAACUUGCAUUGCUUCCUCUUCAAAUUGGUGUAUACUCAACUUAUUAAUGAAUAUUUUAUUCUUCAGCCGACAAAACCGGCAGGAAUCUCGUGUUUCCAACAUAAGUUCUAACCAUACAAUGAAAAAGGUUUGCUUUUUUCCUUCGUUUAAUUAAAAAGUGUAAGACUAUUUGAGUAAAUGCGACCGAAAUGUAUAGAAAUCAUGAUUACCACUUACUGUAUAAAAACGAAUCCUGUGUUCUGAUUGGCUACUCAAGAGGGCAAGAUGGCCUAUGUUGCUCGCGUGGGAUUGCCCGUCUUGAUACUGCGCAAGAAAGACAGCAGCGGUAGAAAACAAUUAAAUUAAAGAAUACAUAAACGGCUCUCGUGGAUUCUUUGUGCGCAGAACACCGUUGGCUUUCUUUUCCCGCCCUCGAAAAAGCCUAGGCUUGUUUGGUCAAGAUGCCUGGAUAUAAGCCACAUCUCUUUUUUUUCCGUUUCCAUGGGCCGAGACAAAGUCGAGGUCCAUAGAAACGCAAAAAAAAAGGUAAAAAAAAAAAAAGUUAACCAUUAAAAUUUUUCCUGCUUUCGAUGUGUUGAAAGUGUCAAAAUCUUAGGCUGUUCUGCGUCUUGUCUUGUGGCCAAUGCAGAAAACAGAAAAUUACCCCAUUUGAACCAAAGAGCAGCUCGAUUUGGAUUUACCCUUGUUGCUUGACUCUAAUGGCGAAAGGAAGCGAGUACAUACAUCCAUAGGAUGUCGAUCGUUUCGCCAAUGGUCGCUUCGCAAGUGUCUCUAGUCAGUUCGCAAACGCAUAUCGUAAAGAUGUAUUUUACUUGCAAUCGUGCAUGCGCAUUACCGUCUCCCUUUCUCUUCUAAUUACUUACAUAAUGGCUAUAAUUUUGCCUCCACUACACAACCGAACCCGCUAAACAACAUUUGGAGGCAUGGGCGCGUCGGUCAGCCAGGCACAUGCUAGAUAGUAAAAGAAAGGGCUUGAGCUCAGAGGGACAGAGAUUUAGAGACUUCAAGCCUACUAGAUGGCUAGUCUUUGACAUAAUUCUGAACUUCUGAAAAAGCCGGAGAAGGCGAGGACGAACAUACCUAAGCUUCCUAAUUGCAAAAGAUUGCCAAAGUCAGUCCUUUCAACAAGUUGUUUGAGAUGGGCCACCUCGAGGGGUUCUUUCCCAUGAGAGGCUGGUUGGCUAACAAGACGAAGAGCUCCCACCUUCGCAGAGAAAACGGCCGAUGGUGUGUAGGGUAGGAGAAUCCACUCUUGCAACCUGAUGCAGCCACUUGAAAGCGUAAAAAAUGCAGUUGACGGCAGACGCCGACUUUGAUGACUGUAGAAGAAACUGCAGGUAGAGGGCACAAUCCACGGGCCCGACAGGGAAAGCAGGAACAAUCAACACGCCUUUUCCGAACUCUGCCCAUCGGUCGAAGGCCCUAAAAUAGUUUUCCGAUGUCCCAGAAGCCCUCGAAGCAAGUACCCGUAAGCUUGAGCUUUCGCUUCGGCUGGUUGACCUGACAGCCGUCGAAGCUUCCAGAAGACCAAAACCCAAAGGAGGAGAUAUCUAAGACGUCUGCAGCAAAAGGUCUCCAUCUGCUGAAAACCCUCGUGUAGGUGAUCGAGGUUCCGGAUACUCAGGAGGCUAACGCAGUGAAUUUCCAAUUUCUCCGUCAACGAGGCAACUUCACGUGAGACUGGUUGGCACGAGGACCAGAAAUCUGUAUAAAAAUAUCUCGGGAGAAUACACCAAAUUAUAUAAAAGAAAACAAGAGAUAACAAAAAGAACACAUGUGACAACAUAUGAUAAUAAAUAUAUACAAGGACAUACCGAGUCCGGAUCAUACAAGGCUGACAAGUCCUUGUAUGCACAUAGCUGACAAUCAUCGAACAUGAACCCUUAAUCGUAAGCUUAUGAAGCUGCAAAACGGCAGACCCCUCAAAGGUGCAUCUUAAGGGGCUCUAGCCCGUACUGUAAAACAAAAUUCAACAACUUUUAAGUCUUACUGAAUAGAACAAGCAGACCCACCGUAAUGUAAAAGAAAAGUCGACAACUUUUAACUGUAACUGAGUGUAACAAGCAGACCCACCAAGGGCGCAUCUCGAGGGCCUCUAUCCCGUACUGUAAAACAAUAAUCACAACUUUUAACCUUAACUGAAUACAACAAGCUGACCCCUCAAGGGUGAAUCUCAAGGGGCCUCUAGCCCGUGUUUCCAAAGCGCAGUAGUCAUAAAAACGUGCAAGAACACGAAAUAAUACUGGUCAAUACCGAUGGCUCUAAUGAGAUAACAUCGAUGAAUAUCAAGAGCUAUUUUCUGUAAAGCUGGAACUUUAGAACUAAUGUUCUGAUUAUCUGUAUACUAGACGCCAGUCUGCGCCUCGAGGGAGUCUAUAAACGCUUGUAAAGACAGUGAAACGGCAAGAAGGUCACGAAAUGCGGAGCUCCGUGAGCUCUCAAAAUCUGACCAAUUCGGGUGAAAGAUUUUGUCCUCGAAUUGAAUAACUUCCGCAGGCUGAAUUGGACACAUCUGAGUAUACAAUUUGCGUUGGUUUGCGCUUCACGGGCCACAAAGGCACACCCCUGAUGGUAGCAAGAUUGUCUUUCCAAAAGUUUAAUUAAUUUAUGCAUUCAGGCGCUAGAGAGACAAGAGAAUUCCAAUAUGUGACAGAUUUAACAAUGGCAAAGGUAUUUCUGGUCAUGAGCCUAGUUACGUUCCCGACUCAGUUCCCAAGCAAAAUAGUUUUACCGCUCACGUUGGCGAGCUUCCGAACCUGAAAAAGGGGGUCCUCCGACCCCAAAAGAAACAAUAAAUCCUCUGUCAGAGAUUGAAUUCCGCUAUCCGUUGCGGAGAUGAGGCAUUCUUAGGUGCUAAUAACAGUUCCGAGCCAGAUGAUAUUUUGGGCUGGAUCCCAAAUGGAUUUAUCUUCAUUAGGAAGAAAAUCGGACUUCAACAAAUUAACGUGAACCGCCAUGCGCGACGCUGUUGGCCAAAACUACGCGUAACUAAACGCUUCGAAGCCCUGACCGCCCGAACCUCCGCUCUGUAUAUCUUCUUCUCGUCUUCUUCUGAUGGGUUGGUAGUGUUCGAUUUAAAAAAAAAAAAAGAAAAAAAAAAACCACACGGUGGCUUACAUACAAUAAAAGAGUAUAUUCUCAGUGAUUGAUGUGACGCGCGCUAGUGGUAGACAAGUAUAAAUAGAUACGUUGUUUUGUUGUACAUCUACAUCCAAGAAUGUUAUUGGAACACAUUGUCACAGCAAUUUAACUCAUCGGACGCAUUUGUAAUUAUUGCCCACACCAGCUGCUUGAAGUUGUAAAGUGCUUUACUACAAUAAAUUGUAAGUACUGACCUUGUAAGAACACAACUUUGCAAUAUGGCAGUAUAGAAAGAAAAAGAUUGGUUAAUGACAUUUUCCAGAAUUUUGCUAUGAGAUACUGUUGACCUGAGACUCGAAUCACUUGGCAUAUAAAAUUUGGAUACGUUGCUAUCUAUUAGGUUUGACGAGAGCAAAGCCUAUCCGCUGACGCUGGGUACCGAAACGCAAUCAGUUUAUUGUCACAUAGGACGCCUUGGUCAUUGCGGCGAUGGCAGUUGGACUUUAAUUAUUAAGAUUAAUGGUACUACGGACGGUCACAAGUUAUUGCAAUCAAUAGUCAUACCCCUGAAUUAUCAAGCAAUAAAAUGUAAUCCAGAAGAGGGUGUUUUUUUACUUGCUUUUUUUUUUUUUUAAUUUUUAUUGCUCUUUCUGUUUGUUUGUGUUUAUUACUCUGAACUGAUUCAUUCUUACUUACUGUUUAGUCACAGGGAGUGACUGUUUUGCGAUGAAUGGGUGAUUCAACUACUUCCAUAGUUAAUCAAAACGCUAGGGAGAAAAAUCAUCUCUUUCAAGGGGGAGGUGUGACCUUACCUAAUCAAUCAUGACGCCACGGCCUAUCAUUUUCUCUUUCUGAUACAUGUUUGACGCCCUCAAUGCCAACCACUUUUUUUAAAGUAUAAUAUCAUAAUUUCCUGGCCUUAUUUUAUAGAAUUUCUUCCGAUACACGCUGCUAUGAUAAGGGAAAGGCAAGGAGUAUUUGGUAAAUAACCUUAGCGACUUUUUCUGUUAUCCUCCUCAAAAACAUUUAAGAUACUUUAUGAGACUCCUAGGUUUAUUAUCGCUUUUAUUUUCAAUUUAACGAUCGACAUAUACUUUCUGGUCACCUGAAUGGGAAAAAUUCAAUUACGAUUCCAAGCUCUGGAGUAUAAUAGCGAUGCGUGCUUGACCGGUUUUGAUGAUCAAGAGACAAAGUUAUCGACCUAUUGGCACACAAGAUUCUGCAAAAUUUGCGUCGGUAUAAAAAUCGGAGACCAAAUCAAAUUGACGAAGACAGCUGACUCUUAA